AUGGUUUCCAUUAAUUUAAAACAAUUAGCUUUAUUCGCAUUGGGCAUGCUCACAGUAAAUUGUGGUCCUUUUCCGAAUGAUAAGAAUGGUAUAGGUAAAAGGGAUUCGCCUGGAUAUAUUCAACAAAAAUUUCAUAGUUCAAAGGGAGAAAUGGGCCCAAAUUCUCCUAUAGGUGAGCUUGAAAUUGGUACCCGUGGGCAGAAAAUAGAAAUCUUACUUGAUACAGGUUCGUGGGCAGCCUAUAUCGUAGCGAAAAAUGAUUCUUGCAAGAGUUCCCAAUCUGAGACUAGUGGGAUCACUUGCGAUUUACAUCUUAAUGCAAGCUCUUCUUCUACUUUCAAUGAAACGAAUGAAAGAAGAGUGGCUGGCUGGGGCACUCCUCUAGGUAAUUUCAAUGGUAAUUGGAGUAGUGACGCUGCUCAAUGGAAAGGAGUUGACUUCAAUUUCAAUUUCGUCUACAGUACUUUGGGGGAAGCUUUUCCUAUAGUUGGCCUCGAUCUUUCUGGAGAUGACAAAGAUAGGUAUUUGCUCCAAGAUAUGCAGAAUAGUGGUGCUAUUCAGGCAAAAACAUUUUCAUUGUAUUAUGAUGAUCCAGAUAAUUUUACGGGUACAUUGUACUUUGGCGCUAUUGACCAUAGCAAAUAUAUUGGUGAUCUUGUGGAAUUCGAAUACGAUUCUCAAUUUGAUAUUGGUAACUAUAGUCUACUUUUUGGAAACGACACCAGCAAAGAAAUUUUAUUGUCGUCCGAAUCCAGGUCGAAAAUGUUCGAUUCUGGGGGAAUUAAUUUUAGCUUGCAGGAAAAUGCAUAUAAGGCAUUAUUUGAAAAACUUGGGGCUGAUGUUAAUGGGAGAGUUUCUUGUUCGAAAGUGAAAGAAUUGGAUCCAAUUGUUGAGGUGACAGUUAAUGGUAAAGCAAAAGUGCAAUACCCAUUAAAGGAUAAUUUGCCAGAUGGCUGUGAAACGACGGAUAGCUUCACAUCAUUAAAAUCAUCAUCAAGUGGUCCUCAGGGACCAGGUCUAUGGAGAUAUUCCUAUGUCGUAUGGGAUUACGAGCAUAAGAAGAUGCUAAUCGGAAAGAGGAACCCAGAUCCAGGAAAUUCUAACAUAGAAGUUAUCAGACCUUGA